AUGAGCGACUCCGCCUCCGUCUAUGAACCCGACGACGACGCCGAGUCUGAGUCCGACUUCGAACAACCCGAGCCUGAGUCCGACGUCGAGCAACCCCGCUCGUCUAGUGAACGCUCUUCAACCCCAAAUGAAGCUGUGAACGAAUAUGAUUACCGUCGCGACCCAACAUUCGAAGGGGUCGGACGUCAAAUCGGCGAUGCGCUUAUGGGACGCGUCCCACAAAUGCGUGGAUCACUCACAUUUCUCCGAGCCUACUCCCACCUUAUCGUGCAAAACAAGGAGGUUAUUGAUUAUGCCUCGCUGAGGGAAACUGAGAACAAAUACCACGUCAGCCAACAUGGCUCGAUGGUCUGGACGCCCGCGGAGAAAGAAGUGUUCUUCAAUGGACUAAACCGCAAGGGCAAGGGCGGCAUCAAAGAGAUUGCUGCUGCGAUCGGUACCAAGUCGGAACUCGAGGUUAUGGAAUACAUCCGAAUUCUGCAUGAGGCCUUGCGGGCCCAGUAUAGUUCCGAGGUGCACCUGGAGCGCAUGCCUGUCUUGAGCGAUGUCCCAGCGGCCACAGAGGUCACCCAGGAAUGCAGUGGACUACUCGAGGAAUAUGCGGAUGUUCUGUCAUUGAAAGAGUCCCUCCUUCAAGCUCAAGCUGGAACAAAGCAACACGGAGAUAACUGGAUUAUCACUAGAGAUCAGGCAGAUGAUCUGAUAGAAGAAAAGGAUGAUAGUGCUCGAGGUGACCUCCGCCUCGCAGCUGAUUUGCUGAGCCUUCAAUAUUGGGUUCGGCUUUCUUAUGCUUUGUUCAUGAACUUCGGCGGCACACAAGUUGAGAACAACUGGUGGAAUCUUGCCAAGAGAAAAGACCUGAUCACAGCGUACGGACAUACCCCGUCUAUGACUGCAGAUACUGUAGUGGACUUCUACUCUCUCACUGUUAGUGUCACGCGCCGCUUGGUCCAAUCAUCCCUCUUCUUCGCGAUGUCAAGAUUGCGCAGCUCGAAUCGCAGUGGGAAUGAUAGAAAAGGAUAUGUUCGAACGCGAGAUGUGCGGGCUGCCAUUGAAGUGCUCAACAUGAAGCACUGCAGGCCCAACUUUGUGGACAUUGCUCGUCGCAAUGAAACUGUCCUGGAAGAUAUUAACAACCGGAAAGGCUGGGUGCCUACGGUCUUCACCUACGAAGAAGCCGAUGAGAUCAUCGACAAACACGAGUGGACCCGGUACCGUAAAGAUGGAACCAUGUACAAUGAUGAAAACGAUGGAGAGGAGAGUGAAGAGGACCGGGAAGACGACGACGAAAUCAUUGACGAUGACAUUGAAAUGGACGAUGAUAUCGGGCCGGAUGAUGACAUCGAAAUGGAAGCGAGAGCCCCCGAAACGUCAGCGCCAGUUGUAUUGCAAGACGAACUGGAAUUGGACCCAGAAGAAGAGCGAGCAGACAUCGCAGACCAGAACAUCAGCCAUCGCGAAGAGGCCAACUUCUUGAAGUUAAUGGACCAACCCGUGCCGUCCGUCCUUGAUGAACCUAUGAAGCCAGAAGAAGUCGAGGCCGAGAUCGGGCAACUGCCAGAGCGCAGAAUCAGAGAAGAUCUCUCUAAUUGGCGGGAUCGGACCGUCUACCGCAGCGAGUGGGAGGAGUACGGGUACGAUUUCGCUGAGCUGAAGGAAAACAUGGAAAUGCCUCCGCUGAAAAGACCCCGAUACAACGAACCAGAAGGUGCUCUCUCCGCUCCGGUUGUUUCAGGCGAGGACGCAAUAGUUGAUAGCGAGGACGAUGAGCUUGGAUCUCAGCAAGGAGAAAACGAAAACCCAUCAGCCGCUAAAGAUUCCUGGAUGCAAUUCUACAAGACAAAGUUUGGUCAACCGGGCGACUCGCAGGAGCCUGAAUGA